AUGGACGAAAAAUGGACAAGAGUUGGACGAACGAAUGAUGCGCUGACAUUCCAAUAUCGACGACGUCGUCGUUGUCGAUCGACGACAGCCGCUGCCGACGCAUCGACGACGAUGUGCAACAGCUCGCUGAGCACGGCGAGCAGCAGUUUGGGGAGCACGACGACGGAGACGAGGCGCAAGAAUGCGACGGAGACGCAUUGGCACAAAUGGAACUCGAUUCGACGGCGGCGAUCGUCGCGAUGCAAUCGGAUUCGGCAAUUGGAGCGCGAGAUGAACGCCGAGACGAUGGAGGUGAUGGCGAAGAUCCGCGAAAUGAACAAAAUGAUCCGAUCCAAGUAUGAUUUGCAUUCGAGGAUUGGCACACGUCGAGCCAUCUACUCAUCGACGACGUUCAUCGGAAGUCCGACGGCAUCGGAGAGUCGAAAGAGUCGGAGGAAGAGCUCGAGAUCGACAGAUAGCUCGUCGUCGGAUCGUUCGAAGAUCACGUUCACAACGGCGAGAAGCUUCAAUCUGGUGAAGCCGAAGCGCAGAAAUACGUUGGAUGAGCAGUGCGAUCACACGGGAUUGCCGCUUUCGCAUCCGCUGGCGACGACGCCAUUUCCCGGAAAAUCAUCGGCGGCACAACGGCAGCGAGCACGAGAGCUGCUCAUCUCGAUGGGACGCCAACAGAUGAACUCGGCGGCCGAUGGCGGCAGCGAGAGCCAAUCGACGACGACGACGACCGAAGAGACGAGCGGCGAGAAGGAGCAAAUCGCGGACGCGAGACAGCUCGUCGAGCCGGCCGUGUUUCCGAACAAGUGUUCGCCGGAGAUUCGCCAGAAGGCGAGGGAUUGCCUCCGCGAGCUCGCCACUCACAAAGACGCCGAAAAAAAAACGAACUGCAAUUAUUGCGGAGCUUGCAAGAAUUGCAGCAAAGGGUGCAACGCGAUGCAAUCGAAGGGCGUGGUGGUGACCGACGAGGAUCGGCGAACGUUCGCUCGCACAAUGAGCAAACUGCGCAAGCGCAUUCAGAAUCCGGAGAGCGGACGACAGAGGGCUGUCAAGUCGCCGUUCGACAUCACACAAUCGGCGUCGGAGAAUGAGGCGGCGUCGACGGCGACGAACGACGCAACUGUCGAUUCGGUCAAAUCAUGA